AUGGCGAAGCGGCUGAACACAGCUCUGUCUUCGUCGGCGAAAAAACUUGGAAAACUGGACCCUAACCCCUCAGUACAGAGCCGAGCAGUUCCCAGAGGACUUCUAUGUGUCAGAGUGGACGUCUACCUGCGCAGGUCUAAAGACGUCAGAGAUCAAAGGGAGAGACGAAAGGGGGCGUGGCCUUGUGGCACCGCCGGGUUGCCGCAGGAGACAGUCCCUGAGGAAACGUCGCCGGCGACAAACCCUGUUGUCAGAGAAUUAAUGACAGGGUUGACGGGCCAGGCGACCUCUCAUAGCUCGGCCAUGUUGACCAGUGAGGGGGCGCACACCAUGGAGCAGGACGACACACAACAUGGAGUGAAAAUGGCCUCCGCCGCCACCAUCGCCACGACGACAGCCGGUGCCAGCUCGGACGGAGCGGAGACGAUGACAGACACGGACGUAGAUAUGGAGAUGGAGGAGGCGGACAUGACGCGAUGGACAGAGGAAGACUUUGAGGAGAAGUGCACGUACAUUGUCAAAGACACACCGUGGGAGGCGGGGCCAGACAGUGACGCCAUGGCAACAACGACAACAACCAGAGCAGAGGCGUCUUUGCCCAGAAACCUGGCGUUCAAGCACCCAGCUGAGAGCAAAGAGGUGGUCGGCGUGUGCAGCAGGGAAUACAUCCCCAAGGGAACUCGCUUCGGUCCCCUGGUGGGCGAGAUCUACACAGCCGACAGCGUCCCCAAGGAUGCCAACCGGAAGUACUUUUGGAGAAUCUACGAGGACAGAGAGUUCCACCACUUCGUCGACGGCCUGGAUGAGACCCGCUCUAACUGGAUGCGGUACGUGAACCCUGCCCACUCGGAGGCAGAGCAGAACCUGGCCGCUUGUCAGAAUGGCAUGGAGAUUUACUUCUACACGGUGAAGCCCGUCCCAGCCGGCGCCGAGCUGCUCGUGUGGUACUGUCACGACUUCGCCCGACGCCUCCACUACCCGCCGUCCGGAGAGCUGAUGAUGCAGAAACUCAAGCAGUCUCUCCUGGAGGUCAAGCAGCAGCAGGUGAGCAGUGAGGAGCGUGUGGUGGAAGCCUCCAGUCCGUCCCCCAUCUCGGUGACCCCCACCCCACCCAAGAGGGAACACAGCGUCCUCUCAAUCCUGCGCGGCACCAACAGCACCUCUUCCUCCUCCUCCAAGCGGGAGCCGAGCCGGCCGCUUCCCACCCGCCCCCGCUGCGCCGACAGCCCCGAGCGCCCAUUGUACCCCCGCGCCAUCUACCCGGCUCUCAGGACCCACCCUCACGCCCCCGAAGACUUCCUCAGCCACAAGCCUGGCCAGCUCGGUUACCCUCGUUCCCCUGGCAACCAGUCCUCGGCUACACCAAGCCCGUCGGCGAGGAGCAGCCCAGACAGCAGCCCUCAAGGAAGCCCCUCUGGACCGGUGCCGUCCCCUGCAUCUUUCUACCCCACUGGACUGAGUCCCUACCCCGGUUACUCCCCGCCUUCUGCACCCCUCUCAUCACCCUUCUACCCUCCAGGAGCCCCUUACCCGCGUUACCUCCUGCCCCAUCAUUACCCUCUGCCCGGCGGUAGCGUCCUCCCCAGGAUGUACCCCCUCUACAGCAACCUCCUGCCCCAUCACAUGCCCCUCCUGCCCGCCGACACGGCCGGGUUGCGGUUCCUGAUGUCAGACCCUCACCACCCGUCCUCCGUCUCCGCUCACAGAGACUUCCUCUUUCCCGGGCCCACCAGUGCCUUCUCAGCGGCCACCUCUCUGAAGGACAAAGCCGGGCCUCACCACCCUUAUCCCGGGCUUCCUCACCCACACGGAUCGGCCCACGCCCCCUCCAGCGGAUCCCCGACAGCAGGAACGGCGCCUCCUAGCGAGCGCAUACCCACCAAGCCUACCUCAGCAAUGCUGGGCAACACCGGCGAGCAUCACUCCGACGAGGAGGCCAUCAACUUGUCCAAGGUGAAGCGAGGCGUGGGCUCAGCCGGCUACAAGGCGCUGCCCUACCCGCUGAAGAAGCAGAACGGCAAAAUCAAGUACGAGUGCAACGUGUGCAGCAAGACCUUUGGACAGCUGUCAAACCUGAAGGUUCAUCUUCGUGUCCACAGUGGAGAGAGACCUUUCAAAUGUCAGACUUGUAAUAAAGGCUUCACCCAACUGGCUCACCUGCAGAAACACUACCUGGUCCACACUGGGGAGAAGCCACAUGAAUGCCAGGUUUGUCACAAGCGCUUCAGCAGCACCAGCAACCUCAAGACUCACCUGCGCCUCCACUCAGGGGAGAAACCCUACCACUGCAAACUCUGCCCGGCCAAGUUCACCCAGUUCGUCCACCUAAAAUUGCACAAGCGGCUGCACUCCCGCGAGCGUCCACACAAAUGCGCCCAUUGCCACCGCCACUACAUCCACCUGUGCAGCCUCCGACUUCACCUGAAGGGCUACUGCCUGGCGGCCAACUCCGGCCCCAGCACCUCGGCCGCCAUGGAGGAGAUGCAGCGGGCCAACGAGGAGAUCGAGCGCUUCGACGUCAGCGAGCACGCCGAGCAGCUGGAGCAGCUGCAGGGAGGCGUGGAGGUGGAGGCCAUGUUGGAGAAGCAGGUCUUGGGGAUGCUGUGGAGGGAGGCUGACCUCGAGCCGUCCCACUAUCACUCCCGUCACAAGAGCAGCGCCAGCGAGCUUCUGUCGGUGGGUUACGGCGUCUACGAGUCCCCGAAUGAGACGUCGGUCAUCAAGAUGCGACGCAGCAGCCCCAUUACGCCACUUCCUGCCAACGUCACUGUCAAGCAGGAGUCAGAGGAUCACGCUUAAGUUACUUUUGAACCCCCAAAGAACAAAAAAGUCAGACUGCAUGACUACAAGGCGGACUGGGUUGCCAGGAGCAACAGCUGUAAAUAAAUAAUUCUCUACCUGGUCGUCAUCAGGAGUGACAUCAUGACCACACCAGGUUUUUAACCUAUCAGGGACUCGCGUACUCAGGGCUACAAGA